UCCCAUUGAUCAUCGCUCUCUACCGUGUAGUCUUCUACCUCGGUGCAGUUAGUCCUAAUUGCAGCUGUUCAGCAACAAAUUCAAAGCAACGUUUUUGAAUAUUUCCUCCGAACAUGGCUUACACAACUGCGGGUGGGACCAAGAAGAAGGUCUGCUACUACUAUGACGGCGACAUAGGUAAUUAUUACUAUGGACAAGGACAUCCCAUGAAACCCCAUCGUAUCCGGAUGACUCACAACCUACUUCUAAACUAUGGACUGUACAGGAAAAUGGAGAUCUAUAGACCACACAAAGCCACUGCAGAAGACAUGACAAAAUACCAUAGUGAUGACUAUAUCAAGUUUCUCCGAUCUAUACGGCCAGACAACAUGUCAGAAUUUAGCAAGCAGAUGCAGCGAUUCAAUGUUGGGGAGGACUGUCCUGUGUUCGACGGCUUGUUUGAGUUCUGUCAACUAUCUGCUGGUGGCUCUGCUGCUGGUUCAGUGAAACUGAACAGACAGCAGACGGACAUUGCUGUGAACUGGGCAGGAGGACUCCACCAUGCGAAGAAGUCUGAAGCCUCUGGGUUCUGCUAUGUGAACGACAUUGUGCUGGCCAUCCUGGAGCUACUCAAGUACCACCAGAGGGUGCUGUACAUUGAUAUAGACAUCCACCAUGGAGAUGGGGUGGAGGAGGCUUUCUACACCACAGACAGGGUCAUGACUGUGUCUUUCCAUAAAUAUGGGGAGUAUUUCCCUGGAACCGGAGACCUCAGGGAUAUUGGAGCUGGAAAAGGCAAAUAUUAUGCUGUCAACUUCCCACUGAGGGAUGGCAUUGAUGAUGAGUCAUACGAGCAAAUUUUCAAGCCUGUGAUGGCCAAGGUGAUGGAGAUGUACCAGCCCAGCGCAGUGGUUCUUCAGUGCGGUGCAGACUCUCUUUCUGGAGAUCGCCUCGGCUGCUUUAACCUCACCAUCCGCGGACAUGCCAAGUGUGUGGAAUACAUGAAAUCCUUUAACCUCCCGCUACUCAUGCUGGGUGGAGGAGGAUACACCAUCCGCAACGUGGCCCGCUGCUGGACCUAUGAGACUGCUGUGGCUCUGGACACAGACAUCCCUGAUGAACUGCCGUACAAUGAUUAUUUUGAGUACUUUGGGCCUGACUUCAAGCUGCACAUCAGCCCCUCCAACAUGACCAAUCAGAACACACAAGAGUACAUGGACAAGAUAAAGCAGCGGCUGUUUGAGAACCUGCGGAUGCUGCCUCAUGCUCCUGGAGUUCAGAUGCAGGCCAUCCCAGAGGAUGCCAUCCCAGACGACACGGUGGAUGAGGACACAGAGGAUCCUGACAAACGCUUGUCUAUUCGCGCCACUGAUAAGAGGAUAGCCUGUGAUGAAGAGUUCUCUGACUCCGAGGACGAAGGGGAGGGAGGCAGGAGGAAUGUCAUCAACCACAAGAAGGGAGCCAAAAGGCCCAGAGUGGACGAGGACAAAAAGGAAGGGGAGGAGAAGACAGCUGAUAUAAAGGAAGAAGAGAAGACGAAGGACAGCAGUACUGAGAAGACCAACUCAAAAGGUGUGAAGACUGAGCAGACCAGCAGUGCCUGAAGAGAGCUCUUUAUCCACAUACAUGAUUUGACCGGUGCUGUCUACCCCCAAGGAUCCAACUGUUCACUGAAAUGCCAUCAGCAGCAUUAUAUUUAUUAUGACUAUUUUCUACUUGUAAAUCUCUUGUGAGUUGUCUCUUUGUGUAGUGCCUCAGUUUGAUUCUCCACUCUAAAUCGCCAUACUCCAUCAUUUGAUACUAUUUGAACCAUGAUUCCAAUGUGCUUGAUCUUCUGAAGGAAACAUCAGCUUAUAUGCUAUAUGGCAACUGUGGGUAAACCAUUAGAGAAACUUAGGGGGACUUUAUGGUUAAAUUUUGAUAUUCUGAAUUUGUCAAUAAAACUUUUUAUACCAUUUCCUUGA